CCGGUCAACACACGCAGUUAAAGAAAGCAGCCGUGCUAACUGCUAAAGACCAUCCCCUGUGACCGCGAUCGUUGUUGUCUUUUAACAUUUGUUCUUUACGUUAUGUUCUGCGUUCCAUUUGAAUAAUUGCCUUGUGACGCAUGAAAGACAGACAGUAUACGUCAUUAUUAACCACCGAAGUUUGUGGGUUUUUUUGUUUUGUCCAACAAUAAUCGAGACAUGGCGGAUGGUGGGCAUCACUACAACGAGCACGAUGACAGAACCGGACCACAGUUUCGCAACCGAAAGGGCAGAAGCUAUAACAGAGGUGGUAUGCAUGACCGCACUCGCAGAGACCGCCAGCGAGGAGGUCACUCCAGUGACUUUGGUGGUCCUGGACCACGGUCCAGGCUUGACGACAAUGAUGGAGAUGUAACGAUGAGUGAUAGUAACACUCAGGAUGGCUCCCAGUACAGAUCACACCCAUAUCGCCCACCUCAUCGGAAAGGAGAUGUGCGAUUUAGAGACAGGCGUCCGGGAAAAGGAGGAGGUGGAAGAGGAGGUGGUGGCUUCAGAGACAGAGGUGGAGGGGGCGGCAGUGGAGGAGGAGGAAAAAACCAGUCGGGCUGGUCUAAAGUUACAAUACCACAUGGAAGGAAAUAUGACAAGAAAUGGUUACUGACAGCUCUUCAGAACAUCUGUUCAGUUACCUUUACACCUGUACAGUUCCAUGUUGACCACGAUAGGGCUCAUUUCUAUUUGGAUGAUGCCCCUGCUGCCAUUGCUUUACGUAAAUGUUCUCACAAGAUCACAGACUCGGAUGGUUACAAGGUGGAGGUUCACGUCAACCCACAUGCUCCACCAGCCUUCCUUGCAUCUGACUUGAAGUCUGAACAUUUGGAGCACCUAAAGCAAUGCAUGGGAAAACGCUUUGAUGCCUCCCAACAGUCGCUUGACUUAAACAACAUCCGGACAGACCCAGACCUGGUGUCCCAAAAAAUUGAAGUCACCUUGAAUCGGAAGACUCACAUGGAAGCUGUCAUAUCGGUUAUUGCAGGACACAUUCCAGAGCUGGCCUGCUUAAACCUGAGCAACAACCGCAUUCACAAACUGGAGGAACUUGCUGAAUUGGUCACAAAGGUGCCUAAUCUGAAAGUUCUUAACCUCUCCCACAAUGAGCUAAAGUCAGACCGAGAGCUGGACAAGUUGAAAGGCCUGAAACUGGUGGAGCUGUGGCUAAACAGGAACCCACUGUGUAGCUACUUCAAGGACCAGGCUUUAUACAUCAGUGCUGUGCGGCAGAGGUUUCCCCGGCUUCUGAAACUGGAUGGUCAAGAUCUACCCCCACCUAUUGGAUUUGAUGUAGAAACACCAACCACAAUUCCUCCUUGCAAGGGCAGCUGUUUUGGAUCUGAAGAAAUCAAGGCUCCCAUUCUUGGCUUCUUGCAACAGUACUACAGUAUAUAUGACUCUGGUGACAGGCAGCCUCUUCUGGAUGCUUACCAUGACGGAGCAUCGUUAUCCCUUACAACGCCUUACUCUACCCAGAACCCCUCCAGGAGCAGUCUGGGAGAGUAUCACAAAGACACUCGAAACCUGAAAAGGAUCAAAGACACCACGAUGAGAUUUCGAUUGCUGAAGCACACACGACUGAAUGUGGUGGCUUUCCUCAACGAGUUGCCCAAAACGCAGCAUGACAUCGCCUCCUUUACUAUCGAUGUAAACACCUGCACAAACACGCUACUGUCAUUCACAGUGAGUGGUGUCUUCAAAGAAGUUGCUGUUGAUGGUAAAUCCCGAGACUCCACCAUGGCCUUUUCUCGGGUUUUUGUCACAGUCCCAGCAGGGGGUUCUGGUUUGUGCAUCGUGAACGACCAGAUUUUCAUCCGCAUGGCCACAACAGAGGAGAUCCGCCGUGCCUUUGUGGCUCCUGCCCCAACUCCAUCUUCUAGCCCUGUACCCACUCUCACUGCACCACAGCAGGAGAUGCUGACUGCCUUCUCACAGAAGUCUGGCAUGAACCUGGAAUGGUCCCAAAAAUGUUUGCAAGAUAAUGAAUGGGAUUUCAACCGAGCUGCGCAAAUCUUCACUCAAUUAAAGACUGAAGGCCAGAUCCCUGAUGUGGCGUUCAUCAAAUGAAGAGUUGAAUCACGCUUCUGUGAAAUAAAAUUUGCAGUCAUUUUAUUUAUGCCUUUUGUUUUAUCCUUUACUGUUGACCUCUUGUUUUAUUAACAAUAAGGUAGAUCACGUUUACUAUUAGUUGCUUUGUUUUAGCAGCCCAAUGUCAACAAUUUGACCAAAACUGCUGUUGUGAUGCAAUCAUUGGCUGUCAUCACAACCAUAGUUUUGAUGGUGUGUGUAUAGGAAUCAGAAAUCUACAUGUUUGCAUAGGAAUAAGGACAAAAUGGCCAAAUCUGUUUAUCUGAAUCUGUUGCAUUGUGUUAAAUAAUAAAAAAAGGUUUUUUUUUCAAAACUG